UCGGAAUCAUUCGUGUACCUGGUUCAAACCCUAAGGGUGGUUUAAUGAGGCCAUGUGAUGAGCCUCUGACAAAAGAGAAGUUCGAAGUUAAAGUCACAUGGAAAAAAAGAAGCAACUAACGGCUGGUGAGAGAAGAAGAGUCGUUCGUAUUUAAAACAUGAGCAUGAAUAUUUUGACCUCAAUAAAGGGACUUUGUUUCAUUAACAUUCAUAUUCUUCUUUUUCCAACCUAACGCAAUUGUGCAGACCGAUCAAUCAGACGGUUGUUUCUAUACCACACAAGGAAAAAUAUAUAUAUUUUGGAUCGAAAUUGGAACCAAAACUAUGUACCCGAAAGUGAAAAUUGACAAUGAAGCUGGUAGAUACAAGCAGAAGGGUUCUUGUCUGAACUCGAACUAUCUCCAAACUCGUGUCUCUGAGAAUAAUCAAGAAGAUGAUUUACAAAUAUACGUGGCUAAGAUUCCUAAGAUUUACAUACCAAGUGUCCUCAUGUCUCAGAGUGAAUCCAAAGAAAUGAAUAAGCCUAUUAGAGGAGCUGACAUUGAAGUAAAACCAAUAACCAAAGCCAGUCCAACCCUACGUCCACGCGCUGUUGUAUCAAGUCCCGAUAAUGAUGCGAUGAUCGGCAACAUGAACAUGAUUGAAGAAAGGAAAGCUAAGAAGGGUUUGAAGAGUAAAGAUCAUAUUAAGAGUAGGGCUUCUCAGCUUAAGAAUGUUAAUACCAAUGUGAAGAUUUCUCAUCGUAUAGUCGCUAAGCUACCGGGAGUCAAUUCAAGGGAUCACAAAUGAUCAGCUUCUCUAUUAAUGAUGCCGGUCAGAUGGAAGUCAUGGAACCACAUAGUCACCGUUUUACGUUUUGAAAACGUAAUUCCACUAUUUUUUACCUUUCCCAACAUUUAUAUUCACAUUUUUGAGUAGUGGUAUCUUAUAUAUGAUGCACAUGUUAAAAGUAUAACUGAAAUUAAAUAAAAGUCAUUCAUCCAUAAAAUA